AGCAACCGUCAGUUGACGGUGUAAAUACAGGAACCACCGUCCAUUCAUCCACCGUGACACCCUGACGCAGUGACCGUGGAGCUGUGACCAUGUUUAUUAGAAUAAAGGUCCAAAGGUGAAGUCUGAGCUGCGGGUGGAGACUCCACCGAGCAGGAAGACACAUGGAAGUAUUUCUGAGUUCCUGACAACAAUGACUCCUCUUCAGUAAUCACGGCAGAGGAAGUUUCUCAGUUGUUAUGUAGAAGAAGUACAAUAAAAACAAAAGCUUCUUUCUUAACCUUUUCCAGCUGGUGAUGAUGCACGGCUCCUACUUCCUGAGUUAACGAGCAGGUAGAAAAUGCUGACGGCACAAAGAGGACGGGGGAGGAAAAAGACUGAGGAGUCAACAAACUUAGGUCCGGAUGGAAGUGGAACAUUUUAUUGUGCUGGAAGGUCAGAAACAGCCUCCUGCAUGUAUGUACUCCCCCGGCCUCCUGUGUACAGAUCUGAUUUUUUUCCUGUCUUCCUCCACACCGGCAACAGAAGAUAUAUGAGGGAGCCACACAGAGAGUCACUUCACAGUAUAUUCACCCAGUCUGAUCGCUUUGUAAAGUUUCACUUCGCCCAAACUGGUCCCUCUCCUCCUGCAGAUCCAGACUCCGCCGCACUGUCGUCUCUGAUACGACAACUUCAACAAUCAUGUGAUGAACUUCAAGUUUCUCCCUCGUUCAGGUACAUGUCAAACUUUGCCACCCGCUCUAAGUCCAUCAUCACUUCUGCUGCUGGAUUUUUACCCACAAACAUUUUCACAUGGAAGCAGAGCAGUGGCCAUGAUGAGCACACGGAGCCGCCUGAAACCUCCCAGUCAGCCCGUUCUCACUGUCCACAACUCCCAGAAUGCUUUAGGAGCAGGAGAGACUCCAGGUCUGUGUCUCGCUGUGUCAGCGCUCCCUCGCUGAGUCAGAUCACCUGUGCAGAGACUGAGAGCUUGAAACGAGCUGAGAGUUUACCUGCCAUGAUGUUAAACAGCAGCUUUGAGGAGUUCACCCCUGAUAUCAGUGCUGAAGGAGACGAUGAGAGCUACAGUUUCCAGUGCUCCGGCCCAGGCCUGUACCAGUGCAGCGUGACAGGCCUGCUGUUUGACAUGGAGGGAGAAGGGGACGUGGUUUACAGGCUGGUCCCUUGGAACAGGAGGCUACUGGCCCCACAUCACAAGAAGCCUGCAGGACCCCUGUUUGACAUCAAAUGUGUGCAGCAGUGUGUGAGGCAGCUUCACCUCCCACACUGUGAGAUCCGCUCCACAGGAGGAGGUCACUUCCUGUCAGUGGCUCAUGUGAACGAUGAGGCCGUGGAGUUUAUCAGGCCUCAUCAGACCACAGAGACUCACCUGGUUAUAAACAUCAGAGGCUUUUCUGCUUUCGGUAACGUCAAGGACGAAGACGCCCCACCCGAGCCGGUCCGAGCGUUGGUCCUGCUGUUCUACAGGCCCCCGGCCGACCCUGAUCCUGAAUCUCUCCUCAAUGUGUUGCUGCUGCCCAGAAAUGUUCCUCUGCGGGACGUGCUGCGCACCAGGAAGAAGUUAGUGGGAGAUGAGACGUACAUAGAGACGUCCCCACACUGUAAACUGAUCCCAGGUCAGGUCUACACUCUGUCCACUUGUCCUGAAGACCACUCGCUUCUAGUCCAACCAACAGAAGCUGAGUUUGACUCUGACAACUACGACGACUACUUUCCAUCGUUCCAGGUGAGCUGGGAAACCAGGCUGAAACACGUGAAGCUGGUUCUGAGAGACAGCGACGGCUCCCACAGCGCGUGGGAAAGACGAGUUUGUCUUUGGUCCAGUGGAGGGAAAAGGUGGUGUGGGCCGAGUCCUCUGAACGUGGCCUCGAACCAGAGGCUGCUGGACGUACGGAGCAGCUUCAUCGAUGGGAUAUCAGGACCUGUUCUCAAGAGUCUGCUGGACAAACUGUUUGAGAAAAGGGUGAUGAGUGAUUCAGAGAGGGAGUCAGCGGACGAGACGCAGAACAAAAGAGACAAAGCUCGUUUAGUUGUGGACACAGUGAGGAGGAAAGGAGAAGCUGCUAGUUCAGAGAUGAUUGAGCUUCUCUGUGAGCUCGACCCCUUCCUCUGUGAACACCUGGAGCUCACCUGAACAUCAACCUUCAUCUCUGGAAUCUGCUCAGUUCAUAUAUAUCCACAUGAAGUACAUGUUUCUUUGUAGCUGACAGUUUACAGAUUCUUCUCCUUCUCCUUCAUAAUAAGAACAUUUACAUCAAAUGUCCAGUAGGUGGCGAUAUUUUAUCAGGAGUCUGUUUGGUUGAGUGUUGUGUUGAACCUGAACCUGAAUCUACAUUUGGUCAAAAUACACAGAAAAGAAGAGGAAUGAAACAUCAACAAAGACCUGUGUGAUUCUGGACAGAGAGUCCCACACAUUUAGUUUGUUUUAUAGGCGACAAAAUGUUUCAGUCUACAUUUAUAUGUCAACAGUUUUUAGUCAGUAAUGUUGAUUUUCUGAUUGUUUGAGUGACAUCAACAUGUUGUUCUCAGGGAGAAUAAUGAAAAUAAGUCAUUUUUCAUUUAUAUAUUCUAAAAGAAAAACCUCAUGCUCCAAAAAUAA